AUGCGAGGCAAAUUACAAGGUUUUGAUCUUUGUUUGGAAUUCUUUGUACACGGAAUGGAGUUUUUAAGAGUGAUUCGAAGGCAAUGUGGGAAAGGGGUCUGGAGAAAUUGGGGCUUGAAGGGAGAAAAUGGUUGGUUUAAUGGAGUCGAUGGAUCUCGACAGUUGGGUUCUUGCAAGGCAGAAUCUCUCACCGACAGUUCCUAUGACGAUGAUGUUUGUCCUAGUUUCUCUCUCGGGGGUUUAGCAUCCUGGCGGAAUGACGAGAAUGCCCAUGGAGAAGAAAUUAUGAAAGUAGUAGAAGACAAGUCAAGAUUGGAAUUCGAAAAUGCGAAUGUGGAAGAUAAUAUGAGCUUAUGUGUGGAUGAAACGAGAGGAGAAGAAGAUGUGAUUGUGCCUGAGGUGGGUAUGAAGUUCAACGACGAAAAUGAAGUUUAUGAUUUCUACAAGAGAUAUGCUUACGAGGUUGGUUUCCCAGUCAGGAAAAGGAAUUCGAAGAAAGAUGACAAUGGAGUUCUGCAGAGUAUAACUUUGACAUGUAGUCGUGAAAGACGACGAAACAGUUCCACAAGCGGUUCUUUGAAGCCGCAAGCAACAAUUCAAACAGGUUGUAAAGCCAAGAUCUCUGCAGCUUUUGAUUAUCAUGGUUUCUGUGUAAUUAGAAAAGUAGAUCUCGACCACAAUCAUAAGAUGAGUCCUUCGAAGUUGAGGUUGUAUCGAUGCAAUCGAGAAAUAAGCGCACAUGUGAAACGAAAGAUUGAAGUAAACGACAUGGCAGGAAUUCCAUUGCACAAGAGUUUUAACUCUGCAGUUGUUAAAGUAGGUGGUUUUGAGAAUCUCACUUGUGUGGAAAAGGAUUGUAGGAACUAUAUCGAAAAAGUGAGGCGAUUAAAACUUAGGGAGGGAGAUGCCGCAACAAUACAAUCUUACUUUUCUAAAAUGCAAGCACAGUGCUCGAGAUUUUACUUCAGUAUUGAUUUGGACGAAGAAUUACGGUUGAAAAAUGUAUUUUGGGUCAACAAUAGGUUUCCUCAAGCAUAUAAAGAGUUCGGUGAUGUUGUCACAUUUGAUACUACGUAUCUCACUAAUAAAUACGACAUGUCGUUUGCUCCAUUUGUUGGUGUGAAUCACCACGGUCAGUCAACACUACUCGGUUGUGGUUUGUUAUCAAAUGAGAACACAGAUACCUUUACUGUCGAAGAAUUUGAGGGUGGUUGGAAAACAAUGAUAGAGGAAUAUGAGUUGCAAGAUAAUGAAUGGUUGUCGGGUAUUUAUGACAAUAGAGGAUGA